AUGGCAGUACAGCUUGUUGACGAAUUGCAUUGGGAUGAUCUUGUUAUAAUCAUAGCAGUGGUCAGUUCAAAGCAGAAGGAAACCAGUAGCACCAGUGGGAUGCGGGACACUGUUGAAACAAGCCCCCUCUUGCAGUACAGGGCCCAGACUGUAGUGCCAAGUCACAUAUUGAAAAUGGAAGAGGCCAUCAAGAAUUGUGAAUUUGAAUCCUUUGCCAGGUUAACUUGUGCAGAUAGCAACCAGUUUCAUGUUGUAUGUUUGGACACGAGUCCUCCCAUGUUCUACAUGAAUGAUACGUCACACAGGAUAAUUAGCCUUGUGGAGAAGUGGAACCACUCGGAAGGAACCCCACAGGGAACAUAUAGUUCAGUUUGA